CUGUAUAGAAUUUUAAUUUGUUGCAAAGCGAUUAUUCAUUUUUUGAUAUUUCAUCAAAUAAUGGACAUGUCUUUUAUCAAUUACUUUUUUACUUAUUAUUUUUUACUUACUGCUUUUUAUUUACUACUUUUUACUUACUACUUUUUACUUAUUACUCUUCACUUAUUACUUUUUACUUGCUAUUUUUCACUUAUUACUUUUUACUUACUGCUUUUUACUUAUUACUUUUUACUUACUGCUUUUUACUUAUUACUUUUUACUUAUUACUUUUUGCUUACUACUCUUUACUUAUUACUUUUCACUUACUACUUUUACUUAUUACUUUUUACUUGCUACUUUCUA